AUGCCGCCUAAAUCUAAUAAAUCCGAGAACGAUUUGAAGCUUUUGUACGCUAAGAGGGAUAUGAUUUAUUCACGCGUGCAAACAAUUUGUGAUAAUGCACUUAACAUAUCCGACUUAGCCAUAAGAGACUCAUUUCUUUGUUCUAUUGAAAACAUAGACGAUUUGCGCGCGGAUUUCGAAAAUAUCGUUCAUAAUAUCAACGCAUUGCAAUUAGAACUAGAUCCUGAUUACGCCGUCAGUUACUCUGUUAUGUCGUCGUUUGAUGAUCUAUAUUGCCGUAUAAAACGUGUCGCUAAAUCUUUAGAAAAAAUACCUAGCGCCGGGUAUUCGCAAACGGAACCUAAGUUCACCCGCGAUAGACCUAGAUUACCGCCUAUCCACAUACCCGAAUUUAAUGGGGACAUCCGUAAUUGGGGCUUAUUUAUAGAUAGUUUUGAAAAUACAGUAAAUCAAAAUGAUCACUUAACCGAUCACGAAAAAUUACACUACCUAGUAGAAAAACUCACCGGCAAAGCCCGUGCGGCUUGCGCGGGAAUUACGUUUAGUGCCGAAAACUAUUCUUUGAUUUUGAACACACUCAAAGCCAAAUAUGAAGAUAAACGGUUGAUAGCUACCGCGUACUUGGAUCAGUUGUUUGAAUUAAAACCUAUUUUAUCGUGUACCGAACAGAAUUUGGAGAAAUUCUUAGACAUAUUUGCAUCAUCUGUUCGGGCUAUUAGAAAUCUCAACGUCGAUGACCUCAGCGACUUUUUAUUUUUGUACAUUGGCUUAAAAAAGCUAGAUUUCGAAACUGUUCGCUUAUUUGAAACGAAUCAGGGUACUAAGG